UCCGAUCAAAUGUUUAGAUCUUCUGAACAUUUAUAUUCAAAUAAAUUAAUUAUAAAUAACGCCAAUAUAUUAAACGCCGGGAAAUAUAUGUGUUUGGCGGCCAAUACAGUGGGCACCAGCCAUAGGACGGCUUUUGUUUUAAUUCAUACAUCAGAAUCAGAAGAAACUCAAAUGAACGGAAUAAUGAGUGAAGACAUACUUCCGGUGCCAAUAGUGGUGGCAUUUGUAUCAGUAAUACUAAUAAUAGUGAUGGCAAUCAUGCCGGAGCCAAACACUCGUAUCACUGAAUCAGUGUACGAAUCGCCGGCUAAACGCACUCGUUGUGUGCCUUCGGAAGGGAGUCAUACAUAUAAUCAGAUGGUGACCAACAAGUCGGUCAUGUCAUCCGUAUCCAUACCAACCAUGCCAUCGAUGCCGUCCUCCGAACUCAGAUCUUCCUCUCCUUUCUAUUCUGAGAUCACAUCUCAUGACAAACGCAUCGCUAAUGCUUACCAAAUGUAUACAAAUCCUCAAGACUUUAAGCCAAACAACUGUCACCCAAACAAACCAUACGGUUAUUUAUGUUAG